AUAUCUAUGUGAACAUGCUGUCUGAAAUGUAAUGCUGAUAUUGUAUUUGUUCAGGUUGGCCUGGUGUCAUUUCAACCAGGAGAGCUGUAUGGAGCUGGUCUCUGCUCUCAAGAAUAUCUCACAUCGUCUAAGAGAGCUCGACCUCAGUGGCAAUGAACUGCAGGACUCUGGGCUCCUUAAGCUCCUAAAUGAGAUGGAAAAUAUAGAGAGAAAACUUCAGGUUCUGAGGAAAGUAUUGAUGAUGCUUGGCAUUUAGCACACUGUAUGAGGCAUACGAUUGCUAAAAGACUGUUAUGACAUGUUUUCCUGCAGGCUGAGCUGGUGUAACCUAACUUCAAAGAGUUGUGAGCACCUUUCUUUGAUCCUCAGCUCAGAUUCGCCCCUGACAGAGUUGGAUCUGAGUAACAAUGACCUGCAGAAUUCAGGAGUGAAGAUGCUCUCUGAUGGACUCAAAAAUCAAAACUGUCAGCUGGAGAUACUGAGGUUGUCUGGUUGUAUGGUGACAGAGGAAGGCUGUGGUUAUUUGUCUUCAGCUUUGAGUUCAAACCCCUCACACCUGAGAGAGCUGGAUCUGAGCUACAAUCACCCAGGACUAUCAGGAGUCCAGCUGCUCAAACACAAACUGGAGGAUCCAAAAUAUAAACUGCAGAUAGUCAAAACUGAGCCUAUGGGUAAACACUUCAUUAAAGCAGGGAUUAAGAAGUAUGCAUGCAAUCUCACGCUGGAUCCAAACACAACUCAUGUUCAGUUGUGUCUCUCCAAUGGAGACAGAACAGCAACAUGUGUAAUGCAGAGGCAGCCAUAUCCAGAUCAUCCAGAGAGAUUUGAAUCUUUCCAACAGGUGCUGUCUAGAGAGAGCCUGUCCGGCCACUGUUACUGGGAGGCUGAAUGGACGGGUCCGGAGGGGACAGUCGGGGUGACCUACAAAAACAUCCUGAGGAAAAAUGAUGAUCUUUGUACACUAGAGGCCACCGGUCAGCUUGGAAGCAAUCGUGUGUCAUGGAAAAUUACCUUUGCAGGUAUUCCAAGUGUUUCUCACGCUGACGAAGAAAUUUAUAUAAAAGCUUCAUCCUCUUGUUCCUCUAAAAGAGUUGGUGUGUUUGUGGACACAGCGGCUGGUGUUUUGUCCUUCUACAGCGUCUCUGACACACUCACACACUUGUACACCUUCCUUGAGGCUUUUAAAGAUCCUCUCUAUGCAGCAUUCAGGGUGGACAGUGACUCUGUGUCCUUUUGCCAGAUGUAACCUGCAAGCCUCUUUAUCCUAACAUUAUACACAUUUAUUGCCACUUUUUUUGCUCUGUGUGUCAACAUAAAUGAUAAUCUGAAUUUAAGCAGGUAAAAUGCAAAGGAUUUUACAUUUUACUGUAAAUAACAACCAAACCACAUUUUAGAAAUGACUUGAUGAUUUGCCUUUUUAAAGUGAUAGUUCACUUUCAAAUUACAUUUUGGUAUGUUUUAGCUUACCUCAAGGACAUCCAAGAUGUAGGUGUCUUUGUUUCGCUGCAUU